UGCGCGAAAAAAUGCGCAUGAGGUUAUGUGCACAGGACACCGUAGUGACGGAAGUGCCUGCUAUGGAGGAUACGAAUGUAUUUUUUAUCCACGGGUUUGAUCAUAAAUCGGUUUAUUUAUCGUUAGCCAGAUUAAAAAUGGCAGCCGUGUUUCUAGUUAUGUUGUAUGAAUAUUCUCCUUUAUUUUACAUUAGUGUCAUAUCCUUAUGUUUCGUUGUUACCGCCGCCAUGGUCCUCGGCUGGUUUGGUUUCGAUGUCCCAGUGAUUCUUCGUAGCUCUGAUGAGACUGAGUCAGUCUUGCCUGUCCCAGAGAAGAGGAUGGUUCAGGUGACCAACCCCUUUGCCCUGGAGAUGGGGACCUCUGGGGUGGCAUCUGUGACUGGGGGUGUGUCCCUGCGUCCAUGCUGCCUGGAGCCCUGUGUGCUGAGCUGUUACUGGGGUUGUGGUGUCCAUGCCCUCCAGGGGGCGCUACAGACCCACCAACAUGGCCUCAGUAGGCUCAGCACACCACAACAGUUCCAGGAAGCCCUGCACUUCCAGUACCACCACUGCCAAAGUUUCCAUAUCAGUGGAGAGAACAGAGAGGAGCACUACAGCGAGAUGCCAGCUGAACUGAGGAUCACCGAUUUUGGUCAUUUGCCACGGGAACGUUAUCCCCUGGUGGCUCUCCUCACACUGGCUGAGCCUGAAGCCAGGGACACAUACAACAUUGCCGCCAGUGUCACCGUAGUCCAUGUUCCAGAUGACAAAUACAGCCUGUCGGCACGGAUCCUGUUUCAUUACCUCCUCACGGCACAAGGGAACAUGUAUGAGUUAAAGUCACUCUUUAUGUCAGCUGAGAGCAUGGGGUUGUCAGGGGCGACUGACCCCGCCCCUAGCACAGAGAUACCACCAGAACGACAGGAAAGAGAGCAUGGAGAGGAAGAGAAGACACCAGGAAUGGAAGAUGAAGAGUGGUCACAGGAGGGAAAAGCCAAAGACUGUGUUGUGUGUCAAAAUGCACCUGUUAACCGUGUUCUGCUACCCUGCAGGCACGCCUGUGUGUGUGACGGCUGUGUCCAUCACUUCCAACACUGCCCCAUUUGCAGAGCUUUCGUAUUGGAGUCGUUUGCCCUGUUCCACAAUUCCCCUAUGGGGGAGGAAGAAUGAACUGUGAUGUAGCAGGUCAAUGUCAUUAGAGUAGCUGUAUGUAUGGUGGCCAGGAUGUGCAUGAGCAUUAUCACUAUAGGUACUGGUCCAAUACAGAUAUAAUAGUACCGUUUCAUGGGAAUCAGUGUCUAUCAUAGAAUGGAUGUGAUAUGGUUUUACGCCAAAGUCAUCUAUUGGACAUUUCAAACUGUUGUAGGGCUGUGAGCAUAUACAUUUUAUCACGUUGAUAGUUGUGUUGUAAACUAUUCCUUGAUCGGUUUGUAAACAAUGUAUGUAGAUAUGGAAAACCUACUAUUUGUUUUUAUGUGUAAUGUAUAGAUGUAUUUUAUUUAUUAUCAAUAUACCAUACAUUAAGUUGUU